AUAUCUUUCAAGUUUUGCACUUCAGUGAACUGACUCUAUGGAGUUUGGAUAUUGUAAGGCAGCAGUCAGCAAGACUCUAACCAUGAUUGCUCUACACGUGGUUUUCCUUUGUGUCUUUGCUGCUGCAGAAGAUGAAGCAAAUGUGAUCAGUUUUCAACCAGAGAGAGACCUAAUACCUGUUGGUCAACCAAUGAGCUAUACCUGCAAGGUUAAGGGUCGUGCGGUAUGGGAGUUUGGUACUUAUUACUACAAUACAGCCUCCAGCGACUUUGUGGGGAAUAGAAGCAAUCUAAAUGAUGGAGUGAACAUCACUGACUUUACUGAUGCAAGUGGCAAUCAUCUCUCCAAAUUAUUUCUUUCUUCGUCCAUUGUACAAAGUCUGAAUGAUACAGACAUGGCCUGUGGUGCAACAACAAGUCUAACCUUAAGACCAACUGAAUACGAGCAGUUUAGAGUUAAAGUUUUCAGUUCCCCCACUUCCCCUGGCAAUGUGAGAGUGGUGUCAGAGAGGCAGAAAGAGGUCACUUUGACGUGGGAACCUUCGUUCCUGCCGUUCAACAUCUCCCCUCAGUACAAGGUGUAUGUAGACGGUGUCGUCGAAGCUACGAUGGAAAAGCCUUCUUUUGUGUUCUCAAGAUCGGAGCACUCGUGUGAUUCUCACCAGAUACAAGUUGAGGCGUACAAUGAAGUUGGCAGUAUCACCUCGGAGCACAUUGAAGUGGUUUUACCUGCAGUUCCUGAGGUGGAUGCACUGAGUGACAGCAUCUCUACCGAUAUUACAAAGAGUGGUGCUCAAGUUCAAGUCACAGUUUCUUUUGACCAAGCCGUGUCAUGUCCGGCUCACCCGGUAACCAACUACACGGUGACGCUCACCUCAAGCAUCUCCACCCCCAUCAUUCGGACAGUGACCACACCCCCUAAAGACAACGUCUCUAUCACAGUGGGGGGUCUGAACGACAACACACUCUACACCUACCAGGUGCACGCUAACAAUGCCAUUGGAAGUGCAGCCUCAGCAGUGAAAACAUUUUACACGACUGAUGUGCUCAGCGGCACUGCCAUGGAGAUGAAUGAAGGUACACUGUUCCUGCGUUGUGAGUUUGUCCCCGGAUCCAACGCACUUGGUUGUCAGAUUAAACUGGAGACCCUCACUCGCCUUGGUAACCUCACUCAUUCCCUCUAUCGUAGCCAACCAGAUGCGGACUCUGUGGACACUGUCAUCAACAUCACUAACCUCUCCUGUUACGACAAGAUGCUCGUGUUUGAUAUAGAGUCCGACAACACCACCGGUAACCUAGGCAUGCCGGGAGAGUUCCAUGUCAGUGGCAACAAGCCGUGUAUCGCUCCUUUAAACACAGAAGGUAACGAUUCUCCAGAUUCUACUAUUGCGGCUAUUUAUGGUGGUGCUGUUGGUGGGAUACUGGUGUUAGUGUGUCUUAUUGGUAUCGUCUUGAUUGCCUUACUCUUACUGAGGAAAAAGCUAUCUAGUGAAGAACAAAUAGCUGCUCCAAUUUACGAGGAAGUAGGUCUUUCAGGAAAUGACAUUCAACUCGAGUCCAAUGAUGCAUAUGGAAAGGCUGUUAGAUGCUCCAAGGGUAUUCAACUACAAUCUAACCAGGCUUAUGAACUAGCUAUAUAGCUCAAUUACAAGCUCAUCAAAGGAUAUGGAUUUUAACCAGACGUAGAAAGUCAUAAUAUAGAACUGUUGUAGUAGCUCGAGAUACUAGUUGAUUCAUACUAUAAUAACUGAACUCAUUGUAGAAUCAAUUGCAAUGAUCAAUGCCAUGCAUGCAUACAGUAUUUGAUAUAAAUAUGGCACUGCAUGCAG